GAAAAAAAAAAAAGAUUCUAUAUUCUUUAUAGAGAGAAAAGAUGAGAUUACGGCCCUGGAUGGUGUGAAGGUACCUUUAGCAGGAGAAAAGUGGGCGGUUUUGGGGGGUGGUUUAUAUCGACCAGGACACGGACCUCGCAAAAGCUUCUUCCUCCUCUCUCUCUCAGUAUUCACAAGACCAGCACCCCUAUAAAAAGAUACGCUCUCGAUCUCGUUAUUCGCGUCUCUUUUCCAUUGAAAAAUCUCGCUCAGUAUACCUAUAACUUAUAAAUAUCAUCCACAAAAUUAUAUUCAAUGUACCAAUUGAAAGACAAAUAUUACAUUUUGUGAGUGAAAAAAAGAACGAAGGCAAAAAAGGGAAGUUUGCUGUUUGUUUUUAUUUCUUUUUUUGGAAGGAAAAAUUCAUUAUAAAACACGUCCGAUAGCAUCCGUUAAUAAUGAUAACGGCGUUGCCAGUACCUUCGGUGAAGGUUUUUCACAAAACUUACUAUCAGGAAAAGGGUUCGAGGAUAGGAAGUAGUCAACCUGGAAGUCCAUUAGCCGAUAGUGAAGCAGUUGUUGCUUUAGUCGAUAAAGAGCCACCAGAGUACUAUUUUUGUGGAAAGGUGAAUUCGUUACACAUAUUGGUGGGUUCCAUGCUCCUUGGAUUAGUGGGAUUGGUCGUUGGACUCGUCCAAUUGGCACCUGGAGCGGAAGCUGCACAAUAUUCCGCAGUUCUCAUUGCAACUGGUUCCGGUUUACUAGUUCUAGGCAUUUUAUUGAUUCCACUAAGAUCAAUAUGCAUCAGAAAACAGAAAGCCUCCCAAAAGGAUGGCACUCAUCAGCGAAGUGUCACCAGUAUAGAUAUGCUUUUAGCUCAACACAGUGUUUUUUUAGAGAAUUUACUGUUUUGACGCCUGACGAAUUAGAGAAUCUCGUCGGCAGAUCGACGUCAGCUUUGGAGAAUAAAAUACGGAAACAAGGACACAACACCUAGGCAUCAAUAAAGUCGAAGAGAGUCAUGGCGUCAUCACCAUGUUCGACCACAGCCUCAUCUUCGACAUCACCUGGAACAAACUCGUCCAUUCUCUACACACAUCGUUGUGAUUCGAGAGAGCACAGUCUUGUUUAGUCUAUUAUAAUGAAAAUAAGCUCUCAAUCAAUUAUUUGAAUCCAAAAAAUUUUUUUGCGAUUCAUAUCAUUCUGGAUUAAAUAAUAAACAAUUUAAUCCAGAAUCAUUAUCAUCAGUAUCAUCAUCAUCAUCUCAUUUUCUUUUUCGAAACAAAAACAAAACCAAGUAAGUAAACUCCAAAUUAAAAUUUUUUUUUCCA